AUGGAUAAGUACGAUAUAUCUCAACUAACUGAAUUUCCACGCUUCGAAUCAGAAUCUAAUCACAGUGGUGUGACAACGUUCUUCAAUAGGCUUUGGAAAUUGCCACUGUUUUCUCCUAAUGAAACAACAGAUGAUACGGAAAAUAAGGCACUGACGAACAAGAAACAAUCAGAUGGUCAAGCUGACGAGGCAUGUAAGCAAGCUUAUGAUGAUGCGAAGACAGAGUCUGGAACUUAUGCCGUCGAAUUUGAGGGUAGAAGUUUACCUAAUGUUUUACAAAGGAUCAGCAGUCUCAUUGCAUUGGGUUCCGGGGGUGGCACUCGAUAUGCAGACACAGAGCUGGCUCGUUACUGGAUGCCUGAUGACAUCUCUCGUGAAUGUUAUGAGUGUGCGGCUCGGUUUGGGACACUACGUAGGCGGCACCAUUGCCGCGUAUGUGGACAGAUUUUCUGCUCACGAUGCUGCAGCCAACGAGUCCCAGGUCAGAUAUUCGGAUGCGCAGGGGGCUUGCGGGUCUGUACAUACUGUUGCAACGUGGUGCUGAGCUACUUGCGUGAGAACGAUGCUUCCGGCGACAUUUCUCCUGAUUUACGCACAUUGCAGGACAAUUUACAGGUAAAGUUCCCGGACAACAGAACGCAGUCGAGCAAAGAGCGCGACAAUUUCAUGUUUGCGGGGGAACAGGAUGAGCCAUGUGAAUUAAGAUUAUCUCCAAAAGAGUCGCUCCAUGAUUUGUAUCGACAAAUGUUCUUCAAUCUGCCAACACAGCAACACAGGUUUCGGCUUGUGAGGUACAAUGGCGUUUGGCGCGGCUGUGACAUUAUGCAGUGGAUAAUGGACAACACAAAUAACAAAACGAGGGCGCAAGCGAGCGUAGUAUGCCAGGCGUUGCUCGCGGGUGGACAUAUGGAGAGCGUACCUGAACCACCGCAGUUCGCAGAUUACGCAUUAUAUCGACCAGUUAUUCAGGAUGUGCGGGAACCCGACACUGGUGAUAGAGUCGAUGAAGAGUGCAACCGGCUUGUUCAAAGUGGUUCUUCCUACUGUUUGGAUUUAAACCUAGGCGACAGCUCCGCGAGGCUUAUAAAAGCUACUAAAACCGAGAACAAAUCGUCGCCAUCCAGCGAGGACGAUCAACCAAUUUUGGAUCAAAGUGAAAGCUCGGAUUCUCCCCCGCUGUGCAAGGCGGUAGAGGAGUCGGGAAUUGAACAUCUACGGCUUUUGUUUCGGCAAUGCUUAGCGCGGGCUGGACUUGCGCCCGCCUGGCUCGAUAUACUCUACCCGCUGUGUCAGCAGGCCGCAGACAUCAUCCUGCCAGAUAUUUACGGCAACGACAUAGACGUGCGGAACUACGUGCAGGUGAAGAAAGUGCCCGGUGGUAGCGUGCAGGACAGCUGCGUGAUACAUGGCGUCGUACUAACCAAGAACGUGGCACACAGAGGAAUGCCUCAGGAGAUAGCUAAUCCAACGGUGCUGUUGUUAGAUUGCUCCAUCGCCUACCAGCGAGUGGAAGGCAAGUUGACAUCUCUAGAACCUCUAUUGAUGCAGGAGCAGGAGUAUCUGGUGCGGUGCGCGGCGCGCAUCGCGGCGUGGAGCGCGCGCGUGGUGCUGGUGCGCGGCGGCGCGGCGCGCGGCGUGCAAGACGCGCUGCGCCGCGCCGGCGUGGCCCUCGCCGCGCACGUGCGCGCACCCGCUCUGCGCCGUCUGGCCCGCGCCACGCGCGCCCACCUGCUGCCCGAGCUGCACGCACGCGUCGCGCCGCCGCGCCUCGGCACCGCCGCCGCCUUCCGUCUGCGCACCUAUUCGGGGAAAACUUUAAUGAUACUAGAAGGUUGCGCGGAACCUAAUCUUGCUUGCUGCAUUCUACUACGCGGUGCUCCUUUACCAGAGCUUGUCAAAGUGAAAAAAGUGGUUAAAUUCAUGUUGUUAGCGUUUUACAACUGGAAAUUUGAAAAAGCAUUUUUAGCAGACAUUGAAGCUGUUUUACCUGAACCCGGUAUGUCAUUCAAUGAUGAGGAAAAUGACAAUAAUGAUGACAACAAAGAAAUACAGUCGAAUGGAGCUAAUAUAACUAAAGCUGAAGAUAAUGUUGCAAAAAAUACUAGUCAAGGGGACACUAAAAAAUCGACUAAUAAAGAAACUUUGUUCAGUGACGUUACCAAAAUAACCUCUGAGGAAAUAGACAAGUCAAUAGAUGCGCAUAAAAGUACUGUAGAAAAAUUAGAAAAGAUUGAAAAAGUCAUAGAUGAAAUGGAUGAUUCUAAUAAUGAUUUAUUUACAUCCAAUAGCUCUAAAACGAGGACAUUAACAAAUGAUAAUAUUAAUGAUAGAGAAGAAGAUACUUUUAAAGCUGAAAACGAACAAAUGGAAGGUGAAUUUGACGAUACGAUGCAUAAAGUUAGACCAUACGGCCGAAAGGCAGAUAGUGACAAGAAUUUGAGUUGCGGAGUGCCUAUUAGAGAUUUUAGCGACCCAUUGCGUUCGACAAUGUCAAUGGACGAUGAAGUAUUUUUGCCAAAAGAAGAGACUGAACUGAAAGCGGAUUCACAUAACGAAAGGUGGUGCACGGACGAUGCGGUGCUGUCGAUGUCGCCCAACAUCGUGAUCCCGGCGCCGGCGCAGCGACUGCGCGCGCCCGCCCGCCCGCCGCCCGCGCCCCGCGCCCCGCACACCCCACGCACGCCCCGCCGCGACCCCACCACCUCCGGCACCGACCCCCCACCGCAAACAAACACACAACACCUCGUGCUCAAGGAAGCGCACCCGUUCGUGAAGAUGGCGCUGUGGCAGGCGGCCGACGAGGCCGGGCUGCGCGCCUCGCUGGCGCACUAUCGCGCCACGGGCGCGCGCCUUCACAGCUCCCACCACAAACCCCAGUGUCCGCAAUACAAGGCGUCGGUACUAAAGGUAGAUGAACCCGAAACCGAAGCCGCUGAGAAGCAGAGCGAAGUGAUCGAAGAACUUGACCCGCUCGCGCCAGAAAACCAUCAGCGUCUGAGUCUGCUGUUAUACAGUUACAGUGAUAAAUCUGCUAAUGUGCCCGAUUUCUGUGUCAAUCCUUGGAUAGCGACGAUGGAGAUGUACGGGCGGCACGACAUCUCGCUGGGCGCGUUCCUGCAGCGGCACUGCUUCGACGCGCAGCAGCGCUGCCCGGCCGUCGGCUGCCAGCUGCCCAUGAACCGACACGUGCGCAAAUUCGUCCACGGCGACGUGUGCAUAACAAUCACGUGCAACACAAUCGGGCACAGCAACGUGGAUAAAGCUAAAGAAGAUCAAAACAGAGAGGUGCGCGUGUGGACACGGUGCGAGGUGUGCGGCGCGGCGGGGCGCGGGCGGCGUGUGUCGCGCGCGGCGCUCGGGCUGUCGCUGGCCGCCUACGUGCGCGCGCGCCUCAGCGCCACGCGCUACGUGCGCGCACGUACCUGCCCGCACGCGCUGCACGCGCACGCGCACGCCUUCGUGUCGCGCCACAGCACCGCCUGCUGCAGGUAUACCAAAAUCUCCACGUACGACAUUCAGCUACCGCCCGAUGUGAUAUCCAUCAACUACGACACGAAGCAGAUGAGAGACACUCUUAUUAGCCAACUUAACGACUUAAUGCUUAAAGGACACGAAACAUUCAGCAACGUCGCCGAAGGCGAGAUAGAGAAAGAGAAAGAGUACCAAGCUUUCAAACAACAUAUGGAGCAAAUUCAUCUUGCCCUGACCUCCGCGAACCUCCAUGAGAAGCCAGCACUAGGCAGUGUCGUUCGCAAUUUGUGGAAUGUGUCCGACAACAUAAUAACGGGCGAGAAGAUGCUGAGAGACGCACAAGAAAAGUGGUCCAGUUCACAGCAGAAAACCACGAAAGCACAGCCGGAAACAACCCAAGACGAAAAAGAAAUUGAAGAAUCAUGCGGAGAAUCGAGCGGCAAUGAUAAUUCAGAUAGUGUACCUAAGGACUCGGAGAAAGAACAUACAAGUACCGAGGAAGAUGAAGAAAAAGGCGACAAGAAAACUGUCAAGCAGAUCCUGUCACAAUUGCUGUCAAGCAAUCAACAGUCCAAUCAGAGUGGCAUGGUGGUGUGCGGCGGCGUGGUGCCAGUGGCGGUGCGCGCGGCUGACGUGGGCUCCGUGAUCGCGGCCGCGCUCGCUUCGCACACCUACCAUAGGACGCUCGCCGCGCAUCGCCACAG